AUUUAAAAUUGUUUGCUGUUUCACUCAAAUACAAGUGUAUAAAAAAAUUAUCAAAUGUCAUCAAUACAACUUAUUAUCAAUCCAGAUCUUCCAUUGGUGCACUCAAUUUCAGGAGAACUUCGCCAUGGAACCAUGUUUGAAAUCAACGGUCAAAUGCUUAAUAGAGAUAGGUUCUAUGUAGAAUUUAUUAACGGUUCGUGCAAACCUUUUCACCUAAGUGUACAACCUUCCGAAAGUGUAAUCGUUCGAAACCAUCAAGCAGAUAAAGCAUGCUUCGAAUCGAAAGAUGAAGAACGCGAUGGUGGGUGUCCAAUUAAAUAUGGUGCACCAUUUAGAAUGGCCAUUGUGGUUGAAGAGAACAAGUAUCAGGUUUCCAUAAAUAAUGUGCAUUUUUGUGAGUUCAAACACCGCCUUCCAUUUGCAACGGCGAAAUUUUUCCACAUCAAGGGCAUGGUAAAAAUUCACUAUAUCAAAAUUGAAAAUGAUCAUCGUACACGGUCCACAUCACUUUCAGAACUUUUAGCACAUUUAUAAUAUGCCACCAAACCAAAAUUAACCGAUGUUACGAUGUUGCAAGAAAAAAAUGCCAAAUUGUGUAUCAAUGAAACCAUUUAGAUAUAUUCCAAU